AUGGCUGGAGAAAAAUUAUAAAGUUCAGGCAAGCGCAAGUGUCAGCCUAAAUGCCCUGAACAUCAAUUCAAUCUCCAACCAAAAAGUACAAAAUGUUGGCUCAAACAUGUUACCAACAUUGAUUUUUGCCCUUUGUAUAAUGAUGCUGUAUGAGACCCAAAUUAAUAUCUUUAGUUAUCUUGUUAUGAAAAUAUAGUUCCAGUUUUCAAUUAAGAUGAAUAGCAAUGUUUACCAGGGUUCAUUUUAGAAGUGGAUCGAGUAUAAUUUAAAUGAAUACAUUAAUUAGAAUGACUAUAUAAAGAGUAUGUAGAAAUAUAAAGAGGAUCAUUAAAAAAAAGUUUAGGAAUACACAACAAAAAAAACUAAAUUAGUAAUACAUUAUUAUAUUAGUAGUAAAUUCCUAAACCAGGCAGAAAGCACAGAUAUUGUGGAGUUUGUCGCAAACCUUAUGCAGAUUAUUUGGAUGUAAAUUUAGGAAUCUAAUAAUUUAUUUAGCAUAUCAAAUCUGCAGAUCACAUAAACAGUUUUAAUAGACAUGAGUUUGUUCACGUGAUAUUAAAAAUAGUAAAUGAAGAUUAUAAAAGUAAGGAUGAAAAUAAAUUACAAAAUGACUUCUGUUUUGAUGUCGCUACAUCUACAAUCCCAAAAAAAAGAGGACCAAAACCAAAAAACCCAGUCCCUUAGGCAGAACCAAAAAAAAGAGGUAGAAAACCUGCUGAACCAUCUUUAACUAAAAGAAUAAAAACACAACCAGUUUAAGAAUAAUAAUACAAUCCUUACAGACCUCCAUAACCUCAAUACUACCAUAUCUUCCCUUUUCCAGCCCCUUUGAAUCAAAUGUUCGCUCAAUUGCCAUAUCAAUAGCUUGUCAACAUUCCCUUCCCAAUACAGCUCGGAUAAGAACUCAAUUUAGAGAGAAAGAUUGAGGAUAUGAGUAAGAUAUUGUGUUACAAUAGUUAUGGAUGGAUAAAUUGAAGAAGGCCCUCGAUUUGAUUGA